AUGGAAGAUGAUCUUCAGGAAUCGGGUUUCAAGCUGAAACUCGUUGAUGAGGAUCUAACUCGCCUGCAAGCCGAAAUCCCUGGAGUAGCUGGCUCACCGUAUGAGGGCGGCAGGUUUGAGCUGGAGAUAUGUGUUCCUUCAGACUACCCAUUCGCUGCGCCCAGGGCAAGGUUCAUCAAGAAUGUAUGGCAUCCGAACGUCUGCUCGCAUACCGGAGAAGUCGGCUGCUUCGGGCUCGAGGAUGAAUGGCGGCCAAAUAUUACCAUGGCGACGCUCUUGGUUAUGAUCCAAGCCCUUCUCUCCAAGCCGGUGGUGCUUCAGGAUCUUCAGGACGCAGUGGUGGCAACCCAGUACGACACCAACCGCCAACUUUUCGAGGAGACUGCCAGGUUCUGGACGCAAGAAUUUGCGGGCGCCUGCGGCGAAAGGAACCUAUACAUGGUAGCAAAAGUGGACAGACUAUGCGAGUUAGGAGCGGGCAGGGUCGAAGCCAUCACGGCUCUCAGCCGCUUUAAUUGGAACCUCAAGCGUGCUACGAAUGAUAUUCUCGGU